AUGGAAUUGCAGUAUAAAGAAGUAUUCAAUGCCGCUCAGAAGCUAAGGCCCCAAAACCAGAUGGAGGAAAAUCCAUUGAAUAAAAAAAGAAAGAGGACGUCGUAUAGCUCAGCGCAGAUUGUGGAGCUCGAAAGAGUAUUCGACAUGGAUAAUUACUUGUCCAUUGCUGGUCGAGUACAAUUGGCGAAAGAGAUGGGCCUUACGGAAAAUCAAGUAACAAUAUGGUUUCAAAAUCGCCGAUCGAAAGUAAAGAAAGAAAAUAGAGACAGCCCUGAUAGCGGAAACAUUGUGAAAAAAGCACGAAGACCCCAUAAUAUGCUGGAUCUAGUAGAAUCUGUGAUCAGCUACGAAUCCCUGCAUGUCCAGCCACCAUUGUUUGGUCAGCAACAACUGUACCCCGCACAACCGCCCAUUUCCACCUUAAAUCAGCAGGGACAACAAUCGUGGAUGCCACAAAAGCAAUUCUAUGGUUGUGGAAUCCAGCAGCAACCGUUUUUGCGUCCAUGUGAUGUAGCUGCUCAACAACUUGAAGUUGCAAAGCAGAUGCCGUACCUGACAAGCUCAAAAGCCACGGUACCUUUAACUUCGACCGACAAAGUGUACCAUCAUUUUUCUGUUGCUGCUCAUUACUCCAGCAGUAUCGAAGGAAAUCAUGUAAACGGCCCCAACUAUAGUUGCCAAGUCAAUGUACUUGAACUAGAGCAGCAGCUUCUCCCGCAGCCAGGACAACAGCAGCACCAGCAGCCCCAAUCAACGCAUCAACAUCUACAACCAGAAAAACGAUCGCUGCUGGAUGCAUUUUUUGAUAGUUUUUCGUGCACGGUGUAUGACGACCCACUGGAGGAUUUUAUUGUUGAAUUACCUAGCGGUGAAAUUAUUAACCAGAAUGACUUUUAUAAGGAAAUGUGUAAUUUUUUUAAAGUUAUGAAUUCUCCAAGUGCUUGA